GAUUUUAUGACGGCUGCACAAAUGUAUAAAAAUAAUAACCAUUUCGACACUUCUUCCAAUAUUUCUCUUGAUGACAGCAAUGACAGUGAUGGUAGUGACGGCAGUUAUGGCACUUUUGAUAUUGACGAUAGUGAAAGUGCUUGUGAGAACGAACCUGAAACUAAUGAGAAAAGUCAAAGCGAAGAUAAAACUAAGCCUCGUUUUCAAGCACCUUCUGUGAAAGACGUCAACUAUACUAUUGAUUACUCUAAAGUGGCAAACACUAAACAUAAUACCCAAACAUGGGUAAAUACAAUCAAUGAAUAUUUUACAGAUUUAAAUCAUCUCAGUGAUAUUACACAAGUUAAAAGUCGUACUGAGUUAGAGGAUAUUCUUAUUCAAUUUUUUGUCGCCUUAAAAAGAAAGGAUGGACAACCAUAUGCACCUACAUCAAUUCACAACUGCUAUUGCGGAAUUGCUCGGCAUUUAUUAACUAAUUCUUGCCAAGAUCCCAAGCCAAACAUAUUCGAUAAAAAUCAAUUUCCGCGCUUAUAUGCAACAAUUGAUGGAAAAAUUAAGUUACUACAAGAUACGAAUCACCGACAAACUAGUAAAAGUGAUUCACUUACCAAUAAUGAAAUAAUCCAAAUAUUGAAUCAUGAAGAUCUUUUGCAAGACACACCUACCGCCAUUACAUACAGAGUAUAUUUUUGGCUAUGUCUCUUGUGUGGAUUACGUGGUGGAGAUGCCAAACGACUCCAAUACGAUCAUGUGAAAGAAAAUGAUUCUAAUGGUCUUACGGUUACUAUACCUCGCGAAAAGAAUCAUGCAGGUGGUUUGAAAAAUCUCAAUAAUUCAGGCAGAGUAUGCCGAAUACCACCUGAUACUCAAGACAAGUUUACUCCAGUUCAUUCUCAAGAAUCAACAUCAAAUUCUUCACGUCCACCACUUGCACCUAUUUCUAAUUCAAACAAUCAA